UCUGAGGCGGCCAGGCCAGAUCCGUUUAGCCGGCUGUUAAGCGACCCGCGUUCCACUCGCCUCGCUGAAGCGACGAUGGCGGCUGCUGCGUCGCCGGGUUUGGGAGAGCGCUGGUGGGCCGAGCUGCCUCACCAUGCUGUGCUGUGUCGCCUGAGAGAGCAGGCCGCUGAAGCCGGGCCGGAGGCAGAGCAAGCCAGGCCAGUCCUCCCGCAGGACCUGAUGUUUGGCAUCGGCGGGGAGCUCUUCCUGUGGGACCGGGAACGCGCCGCCUUUUGCGUCCUCAGCCUGAGGCAUCUUGGCGACGACGCCGACAGCCUGGGCUCGUACCAGAUUCUUCUCUGCAUAAAUUCACCCUUUUUUGAAGUGUAUCAAACCGCAUUGAGUCCUCUGCAACAGCAUGUGGCUCUAAUAGGAACAAAAGGAUUAAUGGUGUUGGAGUUACCUAAACGUUGGGGGAAAAAUUCUGAAUUUGAAGGUGGAAGAUCUACCAUUAAUUGUAGCACCAUACCUAUUGCUGAAAGGUUCUUCACCAGUUCAACGUCCCUGACCCUGAAGCAUGCUGCUUGGUACCCCAGUGAGACUCUGGAACCCCAUAUUGUGCUAUUAACAUCUGACAACACAAUAAGGAUUUAUAGUUUGAGUUCACCCCAGACGCCUGUGAAAGUGAUAACUCUUUCAGAUGCUGAUGAGGAAACAUUGAGACUUAAUAAGGGGAGAACAUAUACAGCGUUGAUAGGAGAGACUGCAGUGGCAUUUGACUUUGGACCUCUGGCAGCAGUUCCUAAGAACAUAACUGGACAGAGAGAGAAAGGGGAAGUACUGGCAUAUCCUCUGUAUAUCCUGUAUGAAAAUGGAGAGACUUUUCUGAUCUACAUUAGUCUCUUGCACAGCACCAGUAACCUUGGCAAGCUGCUGGGCCCAUUGCUGAUGUAUCCUGCAGCUGAGGACAAUUAUGGCUAUGAUGCUUGUGCAGUUCUCUGUGUUCCAUGUAUUCCUAACAUCCUAGUGAUUGCUACCGAAUCAGGAAUGCUUUAUCACUGUGUGGUACUAGAGGGAGAAGAAGAUGAUGAACAGAUGUCUGUCAAGUCUUGGGAUUCCAGAACUGACCUCAUUCCAUCACUCUAUGUGUUUGAGUGUGUUGAACUGGAGCUUGCCCUGAGACUGGCCUCCAGAGAAGGGGAAGAACCUAUGGAGUCAGAUUUCUCCUGUCCAAUUAAAUUGCACAGAGAUCCCAAAUGUCCCUCUCGCUACCACUGCACACAUGAUGCUGGUGUACAUAGUAUUGGCCUCCCCUGGAUCAACAAACUACACAAAUUCCUUGGUUCUGAUGAAGAAGACAAAGACAGUUUGCAAGAACUUGGGGCAGAACAGAAGUGCUUUGUGGAGCAUAUCCUUUGUACCAAGCCUCUACCAUGCAGACAACCUGCCGCAAUUAGAGGGUUUUGGAUUGUCUCAGAUAUUCUGGGCCCUACAAUGGUUUGCAUCACCAGGACCUACGAAUGCAUUACGAGGCCUCUUCUUUCCACAGUCCACCCAACAUGCCCUCCACUUCUGUGCACCACGGAAGAUCCUCAGACGUUUACCUCGCCUCUCCGCAUCCUAGCUGAAUCACAGGACUCCUUUGAGACACAUAUCCGAAACAUCUUGUCUCGCACCUCUGCAAAUCCAUUGUUGCUGAAGGCUGCAGAUAAAGAGUCUUCCCCUCCCCCAGAAGAAUGCCUUCAGCUUCUAAGUAGAGCCACCCAAGUCUUCCGUGAAGAAUAUAUUCUGAAACAGGACCUGGCCCGAGAAGAAAUCCAGCGAAGGGUGAAAUUGUUGCGUGAACAGAAAAAAAAACAGUUGGAAGAUCUUGGCUACUGUCGAGAAGAAAGGAAAAGCUUGAGGGAGAUGGCAGAGCGUUUGGCUGAAAAAUAUGAAGAAGCCAAAGAGAAACAAGAGGAUAUUGUGAACAGAAUGAAGAAAGUUCUCCGUAGCUUCCACUCACAGCUGCCCGUCCUGUCCGAUAGCGAAAAGGAUAUGAAGAAGGAACUACAAACAAUACAAGAACAGCUGCGGCAUUUAGGCAAUGCUAUCAAGCAGGUUAAAAUGAAAAAGGAUUACCAGCAGAGGAAAAUGGAGAAGGGAAGUAGUCCACGGAAGCCGAGCAUCAAUCUCAGCGCGUAUCAGAGGAAAUGUAUCCAAGCGGUUCUGAAAGAGGAGGGAGAACACAUUCAGGAGAUGGUGAAACAAAUAAAUGACAUCAGGAAUCAUGUAACCUUUUAGUCAUCAUGACUUCAGUUUUUGGAAUGUUAAACAUGAUCAGCUGCCCUUUUUCCUAAUUUAUAAACUGAACUAUUUUUACAAAAACUUCAUUGUUAAAUACUCUCUAGAAGAUGCAUCUGGUUCUCAGUCUAAUGCAAGGUGCAGCAUUCUGCAGAAAGCGCGAUGCUAAAGGCAUCUGACUUCUGCCCUUUUGAUAGCUUGUGGGGAAAAAUACAGGAACUUGUGUAUUUCUUGUGACUUCAACUUAAAUAUAUGUUUGUAAUAACACACUGCUUAUUUCAAAAUAAAAAUAAACAAUACAACCUCUGCACCAAAUCUUACCACAUAG